GCGGCGCUUGCGCUGAGUCCAGGAUGAGGGUAUAUUAUUGGUAUCCCUGGGUCUUCAAUUGGCACGUGGCUUAAACUGAACUUGCAAAAUCGGAUUAGUUGCAAAUUGCGUGUUCUCAUUGGCCUUUCUAUAGAGGACUGUGUCAACUGGGAAGUUCAUGUCGUUGGUUUCCUCAGGAAAACAGCUAACGUAGCUGAACCGGGCUACAACAGGCUGACUGACCAAGAACCCGCGUCGGAAUGACCGGGGCGUGGGAAAGAAACGAGGCCUGGGAUUGUCCAGAACGUUGUUGGGGCAGCAAAGGUGUUCACAGAAAACCUCCACGCAUGCGCGAGGUCGGUCGCGGAUUUGCGCACGCGUAAUGGGCAGUGCUGCGCUUUUCCGUGGCGCCGCUAGCAGGUGACUUUGGAUCUCCAUGGCGACCGGACGCGGUCGGCUGCUGAGGCCAGGAUGUUUUGGCCUCCAGGCGCUGCGAGGGUCCCUUCAUGGUGGGGUCGCCACCUGGGGCAGCGCGGGACUGGCCGUGGGGCGCUCCGGGUUCAGAAAGGGUUCUGGAGUUAAGUUUGCUAGAGGCUCAUCUGUCAUGAGGCGGUGUACCACACAAGGCCAGCACAGCGAGGAGCUGUCCUCCAGCUGUUUUGUAUCCCUGGACAGAAUGCCCCCUGAAAUCUUGCUGAAUAUAUUUUCUUACUUGGAUGUGGAAGCCUUGCUGUACAUUGGAUGUGUGAACAGACGCUUUUAUCAUUUGGCCAGGGACAAUCUUAUGUGGGUCAAGAUCUACUCAGCUGCAUUUAAAUCAAAAAAAUCACAUUGGAAUGAUAGUUCAGUGGAGGAAACAGCCACAUGUGUGAGCUUACUGACAGUUGAGGAUAAAGAAGCUGGAUACUGGAAGAAAGAAUAUAUUACAAAGCAGAUCUCUUCAGUGAAAGCAGCCAUCGUCCGCAUUCUGGAGCAUAUCAACCCCUACACAGGUCUUCCUAUGAAAACCAAAGAGGCCCUCAGAAUAUCUGGCAUAGGUUGGGCAAUUAUCUUAAGAGAAAAAAGUGGAAAAGAACACAUCAUGCAGCAUGCUGAUCUUUCCUUAAAUGAUACAUCUGCCACUGUUACGUGGCAUAGCAAAAACUGGCCUCGUUUAGCUGCAUUGUCCACCCUGGAUUUGUAUGGUGUAACACCACUUCUUAUGGACCAGAAGAAAACCCAUGACCCAAAUUGUCCACGAUGGCUGUCUUUAAUUGCAAAGUAUGAUCUAAGCAAUUUAAGCACGUCUACUAUGGUUGGCUGCGACAGACUUGUUCGGAUAUUCUGCAUAAAUCCUGGCCUUCUGGUGGGGCUGUGGCAGAAGGACGAUGAAGUAGCUUUUGUCAUGGCAAGUCUGCAUUUCUAUCACCUUGUGAAAAGGAGCACAUCGGGCACAGCCACUCUUCCCUAUGCAAUCCCUCCCCACCAUCCGUAUUUGAAUGACAGUCUGGAGAGAGGACUGCAAGGCUAUCAGCUGCACAUUGACAUGCAUGGAGGUGGGGUUUUCUAUCUGUGCAGCACCUUCCGCAAUCUCUUCUCCAGGAGAGAGUGCAUUGAUAAUGGAUAUGUGAAGUUUGAGGCAAUAAGUUUGCAAAAUAACAGAGAACACCUACCUCUUAUUGGAAAAGUUGGCCUUGCAUGGAAAAGUAAUGUUUUGGAAGGCUUUAUUAAGGAUUGCUUUAUAGUGGAUGUGACCCUACUGGAUGAGGACACGAGGCCGUUUUGGUGUGUAAGUUCUCCAGUGUGCAUGAGAUCUGCCCACCCCUCUGAUGGUACUAAUUUCCUGGGGCACACUUACUGUGUCGACUACAUGGACACAGAAGGAGGCCUUCGUGCAGAGCUGGUGUGGAUCGAAGAGACCGAAGAAUACUUCAUUGUCAGCCUGUCAAUCUACCUCAGUAUAGCAAAAUUCAACUUUGGUUUGGGACAAAAUACUGAGUUUUAACAGUAGGGAGCAAAGUCUUGUCAUUAGUAAGCUGUUUGUUUUUUACAACUUUGUUUUUUAUUGAAAGUUAAAAUAAAGCAUAUUCAAGGUA